GGCUCCCGCCUCAAGCUCCGAACCGUUGUGAUCCCGCCACCAGACUUCCGUUUCCGGGGCGCCGGGGCCACUUCCGGCGGCGUGACCCGAGCUCGCUGAAACGGCGGGGUCCCAGAGCCGGAAGGGGACUACUCGGGAUCUUGGAAUCACUGCCAAUAUGUCUGAUGUUGAAGAAACCACUAACCAACUCCUGGAUGUGAACCUUCAUGAGAACCAGAGGGCUAUACAAGUGACAGAAAGUGGUCCCAGAAGUGAGUCCGAGCAUCUCCAUGUCACUGUUGGAGCCACUGUGCCUACUGGUUUUGAGCAAACAGCUGCAGAUGAAGUGAGAGAGAAAUUGGGGUCAUCGUGCAGAAUCAGCAAAGACCGGGGCAAGAUAUAUUUUGACAUUUCAGUGGAAAGUCUGGCUCAGGUUCAUUGUUUGAGAUCAGUUGAUAACUUAUUUGUGGUUGUUCAGGAAUUUAAAGAUUACCAGUUCAAAGAAACAAAGGAAGAAGUUCUAAAGGACUUUGAAGAAUUGGCUGGGAAGCUUCCAUGGUCAGACCCUUUAAAAAUAUGGAAAAUUAACACCAGUUUCAAGAAAAAAAAAACAAAGCGCAAAAAGGUAACUCAGAAUUCAAGUAAAGAGAAGACUGAUAAUGGACGAGGAGACAAAACAGAUGAGAGAGAUGUUAAAAAAGAGUUCACCAGCAAUGUCUUAGAUUCACAGAUCUUAGACUAUUAUGAGAAUCCAGCCAUCAAAGAAGAGAUAUCAACAUUAGUAGGUGAUGAUUUGGCAUCUUGCAAAGAGGAGACUGAUGAAAGCUCAAGAGAAGAAACUGAUCCUGAAUUGCUAAAGUUUAGAGUCACAUGCAACAGGGCAGGAGAGAAACAUUGCUUUUCCUCAAAUGAGGCAGCAAGAGAUUUUGGGGGUGCUGUUCAAGAUUAUUUUAAGUGGAAGGCUGACAUGACCAACUUUGAUGUGGAGGUUCUUUUGAAUAUCCAUGAUAAUGAAAUUGUUGUAGGCAUCGCAUUGACAGAAGAAAGUCUGCAUCGAAGAAACAUCACACAUUUUGGGCCUACAACUCUUAGAUCUACUCUUGCUUAUGGGAUGCUCAGGCUCUGUGCUCCUCAGCCUACUGAUAUAAUAGUUGAUCCGAUGUGUGGAACCGGGGCGAUACCAAUCGAGGGUGCUACAGAGUGGUCUAACUGUUACCAUAUUGCUGGUGAUAAUAAUCCAUUGGCUGUGAAUAGAGCAGCAAACAACAUCUCAUCUUUAUUGACCAAGAGCCAAGUUAAAGAAGGCAAACUGUCCUGGGGUUUGCCCAUAGAUACUGUUCAGUGGGAUAUCUGCAACCUGCCAUUAAGAACUGGCUCUGUGGACAUUAUUGUAACAGACAUGCCAUUUGGUAAAAGGAUGGGCUCCAAGAAGAGAAACUGGAACCUUUAUCCAGCUUGCCUCCGGGAGAUGAGCCGUGUCUGUAGACCGGGGACAGGCCGAGCUGUUCUUCUUACUCAGGACAAGAAAUGCUUUAUCAAGGCAUUAUCCAGAAUGGGACAUGUAUGGCGGAAGGUGCAUACUGUCUGGGUGAACAUAGGGGGCCUUCAUGCUGCAGUCUACCUUCUGAAACGUACGCCUCAACCUUUUGUUCAUCCUUCAGAACAAGAUGGAGAAAGAUCUCCUUGGUAAUGCAAAGAAUGAAGAUGAUUAAUAGUAUUUGUGCUUCCUAACACUGGAAAUGUCAACAUGAAGAACUUGCUUUGAAGGAAAAAUAGUAUUAAUAAAAGUGGUUUGGUUUAAAGCUCUUCACCCUAGUUAGAGAAAGGUGUGAAUGGAAUGGAAUAAGUCUUCUGGGAAAGCAGAGUUUUUUUUUUCAGAGCUGUUUUGAAGUAGUUGGGCAAUUACUCCUUUUCUUAAAAUGCUUUAAAAAUGCUAAGCCUCCUGCAGUGCUCUGGGAUUUGGGUUUAGAACAUCUUAUUUUCAGGCUUUACUGCAGUUCCUGUGUUCCACAGAAGCAGGUGGAAAGUUACCUUGACCUGACAGAAGGCAGAGAACACAAUGAGAGCAUGAGGUUACAUGCCACUGCCUGUGCAGCUUUGCUGUUUAGUUGCUAAGUUCUUUACCUCAACUUUAAACAAUGAAGCAUUGUUACACUUUGUAAAAUACUGUUUGUCCCAUGACAAGAUGAAAUCUCACAAGGCCUACAGGGAAGUUUACCAUCUGCCUUAAAACUUAUAAUAUGCAUGUUAUUCAGAUUAAUACAGAGAACUAAAGACACUUCUAUUUGUAAAUAGCAGCAAAUACACUGGUAGAUGAAGCAUGGAACUAACAAGCCAAAUUUAAAGAAAUUUUAUUUUUCUUUCAGUACACAAAGGUGAUGAUGCAAGUCAAACAUAAACCCAUCAAAGUAUUUUUGUUGGUUUCUAAAAGGACUAGAGAACAAACUGAUGUAUCUUUAAAUUAAAAACUUCAUGUAAGUUCUUUUGUUAUCUUCUCUGAGUCACUUUUCAUAUUUAGUUGCUUUUCCGGGUGCAGAAAGUCCCUCCCAAAAACAGGAAAAUGAAAUAACCUAAACAUUAAGUCCUUGUGAAAACAGUGCUUCUCUGGGACAAAGAGUAGCUGGGGUUUUAUGUGGAAUUCUGUACAGUAUUCAGUUUAUUUUGGAGUUUCUCGCUGCAUUCAGCCUAGAUUUUUCAGUGUCAUGUUAGUAAUAGAAUAGUGCUAUUCAUACUAACUUUUGAUGUCUCAUUUAGAAUAAAAGGACAUGGUACUUCUUUCCUUUGGAAGAAGAGUUCACAGUUGCAGCAGAGCCAACAGUCCUACUCUGCUUUCUCUGAUAUACCACCUCACACUUGAGAAGGAAUUAGAAAUAAGACAUUUUUAAGGGAGUUUUUAACCAUCAUCAGAAUGCAGUUGCAUUAGUGUGGGUUCAACAUAAAACCACCUUUCACCUGUGACCUCUAAAUAAGUGUUGGUCAGCAAUCCGCAGAACUGGAAAAAUACAGGAACCAUGACUGUUUUCACCACUGCUUUCCAAGUGCCUAACAUGACACAGCACCUGCCAAUUUGGACAUUUAUUUGUUGAACAAAUGGAUAUUUUUGCAUAUUGGCUAUUUUUAAGUAUAUCAAAUUGUGCUUGAUCCAUCAGUUUGAGCCCUAUUAAAAACCACCAUAAAAAUGUGAACAGACUGAUUUAGAUGAUAUAGCAGGCAUUGUUUGCAAUCGUUUACCGUCUUCCUCCUUAGUAUUGUUCAGUAAUCUGGUGACAGGAACAGGAAAUGAAGUUGAGAUGAAGGUUCAUAAAAGCUGAGAUUGAGUUAUAUAUGACACUACCA